UUCACGUCUGUCAUGUUUCCUUCAGAGAUCAAAGAGGUCCCUCCUGGGUUCUUAAGCAUCUCUUGCUCCAUUAGGAAUGACAGAAAUAGGUAUUUUAGUUGGGGAAAGCAGUGCUCUUGGAAAGAAGCAAAUGGGCCAAGCAUCACAUCAGUAGACUUCAUGGUUCUCGUGAAUGUCAUGUUGGGAAUCCCUGCAAUACACACCAGCCUUGCUGAAACCAAACAAGUCUGAGUCAGUGCUUGUGUGGGAGAUUGGCUGGUUGGCCUCUUUGAGUUGCAUCAUGUAAGAAAUAAUGAUAUCCGUUUUUCUGGCGCUCAACAAUUUUCAUAUUAUCUUCUAUUUGCAAUGAAUUCUUUAAAUCACUAGUGUGUGGUAAAUGCUAGUAAAGCAUUUUCCAGUAUCUGUGCAGAUCCUAUCCCCUUAACAUCUUGCUGUCUUUCUAGGAUUGCAUAUCCAGUUGUUCAGAUGGCAACACAGUCUGGAAAGAAUGUGUACUUGACUGUCACAAAGGAGUCUGGCAAUAGUAUAGUUCACCUUUUCAAGAUGAUUAGCACCAGAGCCGCAAGUGGACUGUACAGAGCCAUAACGGAAACACAUGCAUUUUACAGGUGUGACACUGUUACUAGUGCCGUCAUGAUGCAGUAUAGUCGAGACUUAAAAGGCCACUUGGCAUCCUUGUUCCUGAACGAAAACAUUAAUCUUGGCAAAAAAUAUGUGUUUGAUAUUAAGCGAACAUCAAAGGAGGCUUAUGAUCAUGCAAGACGAGCUCUUUACAAUGCUGGCAUUGUGGAUCUUGUUUCAAGAAGUGACCAGAGUCCACCCAGUUCCCCCCUUAAGACUUCAGAAAGCAGCAUGAACUGUGAUGCUUGUGAAGGUCUCAGCUGCCAGCAGACAAAGGCUCUUCAAGAGAAGUUACGGAAGCUUAAAGAAUCUCUGCUGUGUAUGGUGUGUUGUGAAGAAGAAAUAAAUUCAACUUUUUGUCCAUGUGGCCACACCGUAUGCUGUGAGUCAUGCGCAGCACAGUUACAGUCGUGCCCGGUUUGCAGAUCUCGAGUGGAGCAUGUCCAGCAUGUUUAUCUGCCUACACAUACCAGUCUGCUUAAUCUGACAGUAAUAUGAUAUUUGUGUCAUCACUGGAAGAUAGAUACCAUAUAAGCUUAUAAAUCAUCUUGUACUUCCAAAAUACUGUUGACGCCAGCCACUGAUGGUGAAAGAGAGUAUCUGCCAGCAAUUGCAACCAGAAUGGCCUCCACAAAAUUGGUUUUGAUUGGUGUGGGGAAAGACAACGUUCUGAUUGUUAGAGAACAUCUUUAGGACAUACUGUGAAUGACGUGUUGCCAACCUCUUGUCACCCAGUUGUUUUUUUAAGAAAAUGGCAAUUUAAAAAAAUGGAGAAUGAGAGCUGGAAAGUUAUUCAGUAGUAUACAAGGGCCAUUCACCUUGUUUUAUGCAUUUUAUAAAGAUUGUUUUAAAGUUACUUCGGUUUGCAUGAUCACUCCCUUUAUCUUUUAGUGAAAGUAGUUUUAAUAACUACAUCUGCUUUAUAUAAUUUAGGUUCUGCUUUUUAGAGUUACCAAAAUAAAAAAGUAUUUUCCUGCUUCAACCCUAGAUUUCAAGAACCUUAAGAUUCCAAAGUUUCUGGGCUAAAAGCGUCACAUCUGUUUAAGCCAAAGCGAAUAUCCAUAUAACUCUUAAAAUUACCGCUUUCACAAGUCUGGUGGACAUCUUUUGAAAAAUUGUUGAAGGACAGCCUGUGUGUACAUUUGAAAAAAUGGAGCAUUUAACGUCUGUUUCAAUCUUUUCUUGCAAGAGUCCACUUGUGCUUUUUUUUGUUUGUCUGCCUUGUUUUGGGAGAAAGUUUAAUCCUAAAAUAGUAUAAUCUUAAUAGGUUUUUCUAUAAUGCAGUUGUGUUUAAAUUAUUCUUUCUAAAAACCGUCUUACCUUCUGCCACUUACCCUUUCCCUGGGCAUUUUGGACUUUGGUCAACUAGUGAAUACUCCAGAACAUUGAAAACUAGCUGACUGUAUUUGGGUGCAAUACUAGCGCAACGAAAGGCUAGACAAGACACUUUACUGAGACUUCCUAAAUAUACUUUUCAUAUUGCCUUAAUGUAGCAGUAACGUGUGUAUGCAUUUGUUUCUUUGCACAGACAUUUUGUCGAAAUGUUAAAGCUCUACUUUUUUAUGGCACAUUAGUGUAUAAACCUUACUUCAAGAGGUAUUUAUUUUUUCACUUUGUAAAAAAAAGUUUCCACAUGAAGCAAGAUCUGUCCUAUAUGGUAGACUUUGUCUUUUUAUAUUCAGGUUAAUAAAGGACUUUCAAUAGAAA